CUCAAUGAACCAAACAAGGAAACUGUAUUUAUCCUUCCUCCCUGCUGUUUUGCCUGUUAAAUGUUAAUUCACCGCUCGGAAAGGUAAAGCUCUCUAUGCCUAAGGACAAAAAGUCUAUAUUUUCUACUGUUAUUUGCAACAGUGGAACUUAAUUAGUUUAUAAAUGGUCUAGGAAAGAGCUGAAGGACAGCAUAGUGUGUUUCUUGGGUGCUUUGGUGGCAAACUGUUUGGAUCAGGGUAACAGCUGAGCUAAGAGGCCAACAAAACAGAGGCACCCAGUUGAGAGCUGUUCAGAGGAGGAGUUUGGCUCGAGGGGAAUAAAGGACUGUGCCAAGACUGAGAGCACGUCUGCACUGGACAUCCGCAAGGAGAGGCGAGUGGCUUCCAGAACCUUGGCAUUUCACAGCAGAACUAUUUCAGAAGCUGCAGAACAUUUUCCGGAGGGUCCAUUUGCCUUUUAAGAACACUUGUCCAUCAGUAAAGCUCAUUCAGCGGGACCAACAACACUCUACCUACUGAUUUCUAUGGAGCAGCUUUAACUUCGGGGUUUGAACUGGGAAAGACUCGCUGGGGUAGCACAAGCCACGCCUCUGCGUCAGAACCCGAACACUCCUCUGCUGCUCCCGGAACCCACAAGCCAUGGGGAAGGCUAUGAAGAAGGUGGAGGAGGCUGUGUUCCUGAGGAAGAAGAUCACCCUGCUAAGGGCUUUCUCACUCCUUAUCGGCAGCAUGGUGGGCAGCGGGAUCUUCAUUGCUCCCAAAGGGGUGCUGAAAAACUCGGGCAAUCUGGGCCUCUCCUUAAUCGUCUGGUUUGCCUGCGGGAUCCUCUCUAUGUUUGGUGCUCUGAGUUAUGCGGAACUUGGCACACGCAUCACGAAGUCUGGAGGUCAUUACAUCUACAUCUUGGAGACCCUGGGCGCUCUGCCAGGAUUCCUGUUCCUCUGGGCUGAGUACUUUGCUAUAAGGCCGGCCAACAGUGCGGUUGUCUCCUUGGCAUUUGGGCGCUACAUCCUGGAGCCGUUCUUUACCCCCUGCCCAGCUCCGCUUCCAGCUGUGAAGCUCGUGGCUCUGCUUGGUUACUAUAUCGUCCUCAUCUUGAACUCUUGGAGUGUCAGCUGGAGUGCCAGGCUACAGACCAUCUUGUCCAUCAUCAAACUAGCUGCUCUUGCUCUCAUUAUUGUCCCUGGGAUGAUGCUUUUAGCCCAAGGCCAUACAGAAAAUUUCCAGGACGCUUUCAGUGACCGGAUGCUCGUCUUGGAUAAGUUGCCUUUAGCUUUUUAUGCUGGGAUGUUUGCCUAUUCGGGAUGGUUUCAAACGAGUUUUGUGCGAGAAGAGCUAGUAAAACCAGAACGAAAUAUCCCUCUGGCUGUGAUAGUGUCUGUGAUCACUGUAAUUGUGGGAUACAUGCUUACUAAUGUUUCCUAUUACACGGUACUGACAGCAGCAGAAGUCCUUGCCUCGCAGGCAGUAGCUGUGAGUUUUGCACACAAAGCCUUCCGGAGCCUUAUCUCUGUGGUCCCUGUCUUAGUUUCCUUGUCUUGCUUUGGAACCAUGAAUGGAGGAAUCUUCACCUUUUCACGGACAUUGUUUGUGGCUUCAAGGGAAGGUCAGUGGCCUCCCCUCUUCUCUAUGAUCCAUAUCCAGAGACAUACACCCCUGCCUGCUGUCAUGUUGAUGUUCCCUUUGGUCACAGCCAUGAUUUGCGUGGGGGAUCUCUACCACCUACUGAACUUUUUCAGCUUCUCCCGGUGGCUCUUCAUAGGGCUAGCCACCCUUGGGCUUAUCGUUCACCGCUGUCGUCAUCCUGAGAUGAGGAGCCCAUUCCAGGUUCCUCUCUUCAUUCCAGUUUCCUUUACGAUCAUCUGCCUUUUCACUGUGGGGAUGUCUUUCUACUCAGACCCGAUCAACAUCAGCAUCGGAUGUGCCAUUGUUUUAAGUGGCUUUCCAGUUUACUAUUUGCUCUUCAAUGGGUCAAUACCAAAUUGUUGCCGUACCACAUUCUAUUAUCUUACCUUGAAGCUUCAGAUUCUCUUGAAGGUGGUGCAGCAAGAGAUCAGGACUUACUGAGGAGCACAACACGGGGAGAGCGCUCCCUUAGCCCGAAGCUCCGAUUUUGCAAGGAUUUGAUGCUUAGCUUACAUUUAAUGUCACACUUAGGACACCACUGCGUUGGAGCUGUCUGCUUCCAGUGUGAUGCUUCAACACUGAAUGGACAGCACAGGCAACACAAAGGGAAGCUUGUGCCGAGUCACACCUUGGCCUGUACUAGGACUUAGCACCUACCAGUUCAGCCCCAACACCGCCACGCAGGGGGACCUGGACGCAUCCAGUCCCUGAAGCAAGACUCAUACAGAUGCAUCUGCAUCCAUCCUUAAACACAGGCUAUGGAAAGUCAAUCAUUAUUUGUACAUUUGAAGCAAAGCUGUUAUUAGCCAUGGCGUGCAGGCUCAUUUUUAAAAUUUGUUUGACCUUAGAGGAAUGGCUGUUCUUUGCCAGUGAUGGUUUUGAUGUGCUCCAGGCUGUGCCCUAGAAAAGCCAAACAAAGCCCUUAAAAGACAUGUGUGCAUUUCGGUGUGAUUGUCAUGAACACUGGAUGGUGCCAUGAUGAGGUCCCCUACAACCCGAACCCCCACAAAUGUCCAGUAAUUUUGAAGGAUUUGAUUUUUUAAAAAUAUCCUUUGUGUGUGAAAUAAUGGAUGAGUAUUUAUCAACGUGAUCCUGCAACUUUUACAGUAUCAGUCUAGGGCAAACAUUUCCUUUGGGUGAAAUUGACUACACCAGAGGUAGCUUUGCAGCACGGUCCAGCCAAUUUCAUUCCCCCUUUGAGGUUCGUGGUGCUGCAGAAUAUUUGGAGGGCUGUCCAAGUCUGUGGAACUGCAGAAUAUUUGGAGUAAAUUUGGGAUGUAUUGGUCCCGUGACCUGAACCAGUGGGUUCAAGUUACAGAACAAAAAAGUGGCAUUUAGACUGAAGAACAGGAUGUACUUUUCAAUGGUACGAACUGUUAGGCAGUAGAAUGGACUGCCCCUGAAGGUAGAAGACUCCUCUUCAUUAGAGAUUUCUAAGAGUAGACUGGAAGGCCACCCACCAACAGUAGUGUAGUAGUAGUUUUCCUGAACUUGCAAGAAGCUCAACUAUAGAUGCCCUUUUGGAUUUCUAUAUAGCCAAAGUGGCUAUAAUCUAGCAAAACAAUGUAAACUCAAAAAGGGGUAACAGGUGCAGAGAUCUGUUCUAUCUGCAGAAGUAAUCCUUAUUCCAAUAGUGGAACUGUCUUCUCUGAAUGCUUUGUAAGCUGAGCACAGUGUAAUUCAAAUAUAUAGAUUAAAUUCUGACAGUAGCAAUCAUUCAGCAACAUGAUGCAACUUGAGGGCCAUGAACGGAAUCCAUAGGCCCAUUCCCUUCUAUGCUGGGCUCCAGGAAAGCUCUAAAGACCCACCUGUUUUCUCUGGCCUUCCCACAGUGUUUUGGGUUGCUGCUUGUAUUGGACAUUUCUUUUUGUAUUGAUUUUAUUGGUAACCUCUGCAUUUUAUUGAUGUUUAUUGAAUAUGUACUUACUGAUUUUUAUUACCUCCAGUUUGUAUGGUUUUUAUCAUGGAUGCUACCUAGAGAGGGUUCCACCCUGACUGUAGUCUAAAGUAAUUGUAAAUAAAUUUUUAAAAAAUGAAA